CGUCAAUAAUGAUGCUGUGUCCUCUCCUGGUGCGGUGGACAAUAAGCCGCAAAAAGCGCCGCAAGAGGAUGACAGUCAUCCAUCUGCGGACAGAGACGACGACGAGAAAUGCAAAGCUGGCGCCGGCAAAAUAGAAGAAGCUGUCAAAGAUGAUGAACAGCCCCGCAAGAAGAAGGAGAGCGAUCGGAAUGAAAUAAUAAAUGCGCAGCAUGAAGAUCGGGCAGAAGCUGUAGGUACACGCCACCAGCAUCUUCG